UAAAGAAGGACGAUUGUGACUGUGAAGAUGAAAAACAGAGCAAUGCAACAUGGCGACAAAACGCUUCACUCUCAGUGGCUGUCCUGCCUUACGCCUCCUCUCUCACAGUCACCUCUGCUCUAAUAAUAUCUCCUCUGUCCUCUCUCGCCGGAAACAAUAUGGAGACUCUGCCACUUCACUCUCCAUCUUCACCCACUUCCUUUUCUCCUAUCUCCUUCCAUUGUCUCCGAUCACUUCCCUCCAUUUCUCUACCUUCCAACCUCCCCGCCACCGUUACCGUUCUCCGCCCAAUUUCGUCUCUUUCCGCGCCGAAACUUCCUAUACUCAAACAUAAACCGCUCAUUUCCCCCCUUUCCAAGCCAAUUUCGAAAGGCCCAUCACUUGUCACGUGUUUCUCAUCCUCCGGGGAUGACAUCUCCACCGCCACCGAGCCGAAGCCGGAGCCGCAAGGCGCAAAGAUUAUUCCUUUGAUUAUCUCUGUUUCUGUUGGGCUUCUGGUUCUAUUUGUCGUCCCAAAACCUGACGAAGUUUCCGCUCAGGCGUGGCAAUUACUUGCCAUCUUCCUCUCCACCAUCGCCGGACUGGUUCUCAGUCCAUUGCCGGUCGGGGCCUGGGCUUUCUUGGGGCUUACGACUUCAAUUCUCACAAACACGUUAACUUUCUCCGCGGCGUUCGAGGCCUUCACCAAUGACGUUAUCUGGCUGAUUGUCAUUUCUUUCUUCUUCGCUCGCGGAUUCGUCAAGACUGGAUUGGGCGAGAGAAUUGCCACUUACUUUGUGAAGUGGCUGGGGAAGAGUACUCUCGGGUUGUCUUAUGGAUUGACUCUUAGCGAGGCCUUGAUUGCUCCGGCAAUGCCCAGCACCACCGCCAGGGCCGGCGGUGUUUUCUUGCCGAUUAUUAAGUCUCUUUCACUAUCCUCUGGUAGUAAACCGGGUGAUCCUUCUUCAAGAAAGCUCGGCUCAUACUUGGUCCAAUCUCAGUUCCAGGCUUCAGGCAACUCUAGUGCUCUUUUCUUGACUGCUGCAGCUCAGAACUUACUAUGCCUCAAACUAGCUGAAGAACUUGGAGUGAUAGUUUCAAAUCCUUGGGUUGUUUGGUUUGAGGCUGCUAGUUUACCUGCAUUUGUUUCACUUCUGGCUACUCCAUUUAUCUUGUACAAGUUAUAUCCUCCCGAAAUCAAAGAUACACCCGAGGCGCCUGCUAUGGCUGCAAACAAACUCGAACUUAUGGGUCCUAUCACAAAAAACGAAUGGGUGAUGAUUGGAACCAUGCUUCUAGCCGUCUCCUUGUGGGUUUUUGGGGAGGCGGUGGGUAUUUCUAGCGUUGUGGCUGCCAUGAUUGCGUUAUCGAUUCUCUUAUUGUUAGGAGUGCUUGAUUGGGAUGACUGCCUAAGUGAAAAAGCAGCCUGGGAUACACUGGCUUGGUUUGCAGUUCUAGUAGGCAUGGCAAGCCAGUUGACAAAUCUCGGGAUUGUUAGUUGGAUGUCUAGCUGUGUAGCCAAUUCCCUCGCGUCUUUAUCACUAAGCUGGCCUGCAGCUUUCGCCCUUCUCCAGGCCGCUUACUUCUUUAUACACUAUCUGUUUGCAAGCCAAACCGGGCACGUGGGAGCAUUGUAUUCUGCAUUCCUCGCUAUGCACUUGGUCUCGGGAGUGCCUGGCGUUUUAGCUGCAUUGGCUCUAGCUUACAAUACCAGCCUAUUUGGUGCCCUCACUCACUACAGCAGUGGUCAGGCUGCUGUUUACUUUGGAGCUGGGUAUGUAGAUCUACCGGAUGUGUUCAAAUACGGGUUUGUAAUGGCAGUUGUGAAUGUAGUAAUCUGGGGAGGUGUUGGAACACUGUGGUGGAAAUUCUUGGGCCUGUACUGACUUCAAUUCCUCAUCAUCUCUGUGUAAGUUGAAUCAUUUCUCUUGCUAUAACCAUAGGAACUUAGCAGAAGAUUGUUCAAAUGAUGGCUAAAAAGCAGGCUGGCAUUGUAUAGUAGCUCUGUUAGAUGUCUGCAACACUCUCCAGUAUAUAAUUGUUCUUGGCAUUCGGAUGGUAUAUUUCAAAUCCGAAACGAAUUUUUGGAGAGUUUUAAUUAAUGAAUAUUAGUUCAUUUUGC